CCCGUGUUGAACUGCUAUUAGUAAAAAAAAAAAGCCAAUUAGCUCAGUCACCAUCCAAAAAGUGUGUAACUUUGAACUGGAUCUACAAAAUCCAGUUGAAGUGUUAAAGAAGAUGAAAGCAUUGGGGUGGUGGUUAAUGCUUGUGGGUUCACUUCGAUUAGCCUCCGUUUGGUUCGGCUUCUUCGAUAUCUGGGCUCUUCGUCUCGCUGUUUUCUCCAGCACUUCCAUGACUGAAGUUCAUGGGAGGACAUUUGGAGUUUGGACACUUUUGACUUGUACUCUCUGCUUCGUAUGCGCAUUCAACUUAGAAAACAAGCCACUAUACUUGGUGACAUUUUUGUCAUUCAUCUAUGCCUUUGGUCACUUUUUGACUGAAUACCUUUUCUAUCACACAAUGGCCCUCUCAAAUUUGACAACUGUUGGCAUAUUUGCAGGGACAUCGAUUAUAUGGAUGCUUUUACAGUGGAAUGCACAUCAACAGAGUUUCAAAAGGCAGCAGCAGCAGCAGCGGCAGCAACAGCAACAGUCAUAUUUUCUAAAACAAAUCUUUGUCCAAGGAAAUGGUAAGAUAGGAAGAGUGUGGAGGGCACGAUGGAUUAGCCAUUGAAACAACUACUUUUGGGGUUUAGGGUUUUAAAGUUUAGCUUAUCAAAGAGAGACAAAAGGGAUGAGGAGUGAAGGCUGAAAACACACACUGAAACAGAGAAACUAUCACAUGGAUGUCAAUUGUUUCAUUCAUU